AUGGCAACGGUGCGCAUCCCGGCCCUGCGCAACCUCAUCGGCCGACGGCAACCCUUCCGCCUUCCGGGCCAGCAGCGCCGCUGGGCCCAGGUCCACGAUGUGCGCUUCGUAGCCACCACCCAGGCCGCCCGCAACGUCACCGAGAAAUACCGCGACAAGCUCGACCGCAAGGCCCGCGAGGAAGGCCUGCGCGAUAUCAGCGAGCUGAAAGAGGCGUAUAAGGACCGCAUCCAGGAACUUAGGAAGAAAGAUGCCGCUUCGGUUCCCGGUCUCGAUGCCCUGCUUGCGGAUGAGCCCGCGCCGGUAAAGACACGGGCUCAGGAUGGAAUCACCCAGAAACCACCCCCACCCCCGCCACAACCGCAAGUUCCACCCGUCGUUGGGACGGGGAGCACAAACGCCGCCGUAAAACCGCUCUCCGAAAUCCUCGACCUGCCGAAAGCCCGCGCGCUCCCCGAGAAAGAACUCUCGGCAAUAUGGCGGCUCCGGCACGCCUCGUCGCCCAACUCGCUCUGCGCGGUGAUCCCCAGGGCCACGUACGCGACGCUCGAGGCGACGGCGCGGCGGCACCCUUCGUUCGUGCUGCCGGUGCCGCGGGGCGCGGAGGUGGGGGCGGAGAUGCACUUCCUGCAGUGGGUGUUCGACGGGCCGUCGCGGACGGCGACGGUGCUGUUCACGCAGCUGGCCGAGUACAAGGCGCGCGGGGAGUGGGCGCAGCCGCACACGAGCGUGACGCACUACGUCGACGAGGGGCUGGCGGGGGUGCUGAUGGCCGGGAGCGUGGUGGACGGGCGGGGGGCGAGCGUCCAGGAUGCGAAGUGGCUUGUUAUGCUCAUGCAGCGGUUCUACGGCGGGGAAGGGACUGGGGGGGACAAGGAUGGGGGGAAGAGGAGGUUGUUGGAGGAGUUUGGACGGGGGGAUGGCGGGUUUAGUGUUGAGAGGCUGUUGGAGGAGAGUGAGAAGUUGGGUUGAGGAGAGGGGGUGCUGGAUGAUGAUGGUGGUGGUGGUGGUGGUGGUGGUGGUGGUAAAAGUUAUGCACGAUCGACAGAUUUGUCUUGAGAAAGACUGCGGUUUGGUAUAUAAGAAGAAAGGGGGGGUGGGGGUUCGUUCGAAGAGAGUACCUAAUUUUAAGAAUACGCCGGACGGGACUAUUACGAAAUAACACGUCACGCGUGUAUUUAAGACUGGUUUGGACGACAGAUAAGACAGAUAACGCUGCUCACGGAUGAUAGACAGAGGGAAAAGGGGGCUUGCUUGUAGCUGGCUCAACUGUAUAAUUAUUAUCUGUAUAACUAAAUGUUAUAUUAAAUUAACAUGGGUAUUCCAAAAUCUAAAUA